AGAACACAGCAUAGGCCUAUUCACGAUCCUUGGCACAAAAAAAAUACAGAAUCGGUUUUGUUUUUUCCGGUGGAUGUAAUGUCGAAUACACCAGAAGACGGCGACGGAGCACAGGUAACUACAGGCGGCUUGUUCCCCGUCUUCCCUACUUCGGCGAACUCCAUCUCAGCUAUUUCGAAUGCUCCUCAAUGGCUUCGCAACGCUAGCUUCACUACGGAUCUCUCUGUCAUCAACGCUGCCGCUUCGACGGCUCCUUCCUCAUCCGAGGUCGAGGCUGGAGACGACGAAGAUGAAGAAGGAGGAGCUGAUGGAAAUAUCGGUUUAGCUAAUCAGGCUAGGGUUUAUAAUUUGGUUGAAGAAGAAGGGUCUUUGGAGUCUGAUGACGACAAGGUAAAGAGGAAGCGAGAGAAAAAGAAGAAACGGAAGAGUGAUAAUGCUUCGGAUGAAUCUCGUUCUCGUAAAUCUGAUGAAUACUAUUCGAAACCUGUGAAGGAUUAUUACUUGGACACUCGUCCUGAUCCAGAUAAUCUGGCUUAUGGCUCUAUUUACAGGAUGAAUGUUCCUCGUUAUAAACUUGACAAUUCUCAGAGAGUUCCAGGGUCAGGUUCUCUGAGGUUUUAUUUGCGGAAUCGACGUAGUUCUAUGCUUGACACAGAGAUUGAUAUUGAUUCUUUGGAGGGGAGAGCAAAGUCUGAUACCCGAUACUGGUAUGCAAAACAUGCUGCCAUGGAACGCAACAAGAAUUUCAAGCGUAUUCGUUUAUCUGCUGCAAGUGAAGCUGUGGAUUCUUCCUUUGAUAAUUUCAUUCCACUGGAGGAAGACGUGACUGUUCCAGAAAGUGACGAAGAAGAUGUUUUAUCAAAGGACUCAAUGAUUGGAGCAUCAUGGGAGGAUGAAGUGCUGAAUAAAACACGGGAGUUCAACAGAGUGACGAGAGAACGUCCCCAUGAUGCAAAGGCAUGGCUGGCAUUUGCUGAUUUUCAAGACAAGGUUUCAAGUAUGCAAUCUCAGAAAGGAGUUCGCCUGCAGACUUUAGAGAAAAAGAUUAGUAUACUUGAGAAGGCUUUUGAGCUGAACCCAGAUAGCGAAGAACUGUUGCUUGCUCUGCUCAAGGCAUACCGAAGCAGAGACAACGCUGAUGUACUAAUCAGUAGGUGGGAAAAGGCACUUAUGCAGAAUUCCGCAAGCUACAAAUUAUGGAGGGAGUUUUUAUGUGUUGUUCAAGGGGAGUUCUCCAGAUUCAAAGUAUCAGAAGUGAGGAGGCUGUAUUCUUAUGCGAUCCAGGCUCUUUCUUCUGCUUGCAGCAAGCGACAUAGGCAGGUGGAUACAACAUCUGAACCAUUGGAUUCUGCUGCCAUCCAACAGGAACUCGUUCUAGUCGAUAUGCUAGUUAGCCUCUGCAGGUUUGAGUGGCAGGCUGGUUACCAGGAGCUGGCCACAGCGUUACUUCAAGCCGAAGUGGAAUUUAGCAUCUUUUCUCCAUCUUUGUUGCUAACUGAACAGAGUAAAUUACGACUGUUUGAGCACUUUUGGAGCAGUAAUGGUGCUAGAGUUGGAGAAGAAGGAGCUUUUGGAUGGCUAUUGUGGCUGGAGAAAGAGGAGGAAAACAGGCAGAAAAUUUUGAAAGAAGAAUCCUCUGAUGACAAUGAAGUAGGUGGUUGGACAGGUUGGACAGAACAGGUCUCAGGUAGAAAUGGAGAUGAUCUUGCUUCAGCUAACACUGGAGAGGUCGAUGUUGAUCGGAAGGGUCUGGAUGAGGAAAUGGAAGACGAGAAUAGCAAACCUGAAGAUGACACCGAAGCUAUGCUGAAAUUAUUGGGCAUUGAUGUCAAUACUGCGGCCAGUGAUGAGGUUAAAGAUACAUCAACUUGGGUUGAAUGGUUUGAAGAAGAGGUUUCUCGAGAUCACAGUCAAUGGAUGCCUACUCGGAAAGCUGGUGAAUUCUCCAGUGUUGAGGGAAUGGGUGAGGGAGAAGAUGAAGAGCAACUCUCAAGUGUUGUACUAUAUGAAGAUAUAAAUGGAUAUCUAUUUUCCUUACGUUCAAAGGAGGCCCGCUUAUCUCUGGUAUACCAGUUCAUUGAUUUCUUCGGUGCACAUAUCUCCCCCAUGGACUUCCAGCAACAGUUGUCGUGGAGUGAGAAAAUAAGUAGCCUUGAAACAUUGUCAGAUUCCAUGUUAGAAAACUUGAGAAGUGUUCAUGAAUGUUUGUCGAAAUCAGAUAGUGCCAACUGUUUCAGCUUGGGAUCUCUUCUAGGUGGCAGCUGUGACUUAUCUAUGCGGACUGAGAUGAUGAAGUUUCUCCGCAAUGCCAUCUUGCUUUGUCUAAAUGUUUUCCCGCAAAAUUACAUUCCCGAAGAAGCUGUGCUUGUUACAGAAGAACUAUUUGUAACAAAUAUGAAAACAUGUGAGGUACGUAGCAACUAUGCCAUGCCAAGCUUUGGCCAAACGUCUCCUGAAAAGUGACCCGCAGGAUCUACUACUUUGUGGAGUUUAUGCACAGCGAGAAGCUGCCUCUGGAAAUAUGAAACAUGCAAGACGAGUAUUCGACAUGGCACUGACUUCUAUCUGUGGCCUCCCUAAGGUUAGUUUCAGAUCUUUCGGUUAUGUUGUUAGCGGAGCAUAUGAUACAAAGUUUCAGGUUUCCACCUAUGUCUCUAAUUCCGAGGAACUUCUAAUUAGCUUUUUAUGUUAGGUGUAAUUACUCACACUAUAUUUUUUUUAUUCAACUUUUUCUAAGAAAGUAAACUGAAAUGCAUUUUCUGUUGAUGCUUUUUAGUUUCGGUAGAGAUUUCAACGA